GCCCUUAUCCAGGGCGACUUACAAUUGUUACAAGAUAUCACAUUAUUUUUACAUACAAUUACCCAUUUAUACAGUUGGGUUUUUACUGGAGCAAUCUAGGUAAAGUACCUUGCUCAAGGGUACAGCAGCAGUGUCCCCCACCUGGGAUUGAACCCACGACUCUCCGGUCAAGAGUCCAGAGCCCUAACCACUACUCCACACUGCUGCCCAAAUAAAUAACCUUAAAACGAUCCAAAUUGCACAGGUGGGUCUGCGCAGAAUUCAGUACACCUGCAAACAAUGUGAAAGUAGACCCUUAGCCUAUAUUUUGAGAACUGAGUUGAAUUAAAAUUUUAAAAGUUUAGUUAGCGUUCUUUCCUUCGUGCGUCCGCGAGUAUAAAAUUAUUGCGAUUCUGACUGUAGAUUUCAACAAAGAUGUUUUUUUUAUUCGAUUCGGUACCCCGUUGUCCCUAAGCACGGGUCGUAACGGAAUCAAGCAGGAGACACAGUGUUUGGAUUUAAUACACUUUCUCUUAGACAUCACCCCUUAUUCCUCAACCUAUCAGAAUAUCAUUGUCCCCGCCUUGGUUUUGUUACCUGCAGUGUUUGUAACAUCAGAGCCUGUUUGAUGCGCCACUCGGGAAACCCUGGUGUUUUAAAAGAUAAGGAAGGGAGGAGAUAGUUUUAGCUUUUGAAGGUUUUUAACCCCCGGGGUGUUCUCUCUGACAAAGCACAGGGUCCCCUUUUAAAUUGCCAUGUGGUGCCCUGACGAUCUGUCUUCCUGCUGCAGUAAUUAAUAUAAAAACCAAAUACUAACAAUUUAAAACUAAACAGUUCGUCUUUUUAAACUCUCGUUUCUUAACAGUGCGUUUUUUUUCUUUCCUGCUUAUCCGAUUGCCGUGGAACUUGGUGUUUGAGUCAUUGAGAGUACAGCGCCAUGGAGAUACAGGGAGAGUGUCAGUCUGUCUGUCCAUCUCCCCUGUAUCUCUCUCCCAAAUAUUCCAGAAUUAUUAGAACUGCUCUUCAAGGAAAAGUCAAACUGAGACGGGCUUUUUUUUUAAAAGUCAGUAGGAUGUGUGUCUUGCGAUGAUAAAGCCUUUGGGUCUCAAGGAAACUCAAUGAUAAGCAGAAGUGCGGAAAAACCACACCAUCUAAUAAGCUGAUGACUUCACACACACACACACACACACACACACACACACACGCGGAGCGACGGAGCAGAAGGGCAGACAGACACUUAACCUUGGCUCUCAAUACAGCACACAGUUGGUAGACAGCUAGAGAGGUAGAGAGUCAGAGAGAGGUCACCAGCGAUGCACCCUCUGCUAUUCCUUCAUGUCCUUCUAAUGUCCGGCGCGGGACGUUCGCACGCUGAGGACAGCCGGUGCCUGAGUGACCAUGACGCGGACAACAAGCCCAGGAUUAACUGCAGCAACGCUGGGCUGACCUCGGUCCCCGGGACCCUCUCUCCCGAUACGGAAGUUCUCCUCCUCCAAUCCAACAGCUUCACCUCCGUCUCCUGGGGCUCCUUCACAGUCUUCCCCUUGCUCUCCCAACUCGACCUCUCCCAGAACCAGGUCAGCGUCCUGGAGAGAGGCAGCCCGGCCACAGCGGGUCUGGGAGACUCGGACGGUAAAUCCUGGAGCUUGGGGCACCUCCGCAACCUCUCCCUGGCCCACAACCUGCUGUCCUCCUUGCCUGAAGGCAUCUUCCAGGCUUUGGGGAACCUCAAGGAGCUGUAUCUGCAAGGGAACCAGUUGCAGGGUCUUCCGGGAGGGGUCUUCUCGGAGCUGAGAGAUCUGGAGGUGUUGGAUCUGUCUCACAAUGGGCUCCGAGCCCUGCCUGGGACCCUGAUCCAUGAGCUCACCAAGCUGAAGACCUUCAUCCUGCACGACAACUCCCUGGUCUUCCUCCCGGACGGCUUCUUCUCGCACCUCGAGAUCCCGUACGUGUUCCUGUCCAGCAACCCCUGGUUCUGUGACUGCAGUCUGGAGUACUUCCGGGGGUGGAUGGAGGAGCAGGGUCACAACGUGUACAGCAGGGAUGGAGGGGAGAUUAAGAACGCCCCAGAGACCGUGGUGUGCGCGGCUCCCAGCCCCCGCCAAGGCCAGGAGGUGCAGGACCUGUCAAUGGAGGACCUCUGCCCAACAGGGACUGAUAUCGCGGUCGUAUUGACCGACCAUGAAACUAUCCCAACGAUAGCACUUUACAUACCUACAACUCGAACCCAGCUCCCGACGGAACCCUCCACCCCAGCCACCGCUACCCCCACACAGCCGCCCACUUCCACAGCAGUGUUUAUCACGGACACUCCCUCUCCCUCCCCAUCUCCCUCCCCAUCUCCCUCCACAUCUCCUUCCCCAUCUCCCUCCACAUCUCCCUCUCCCUCUCCCUCUCCCUCCACAUCUCCCUCCCCAUCUCCCUCCACAUCUCCCUCUCCCUCUCCCUCUCCCUCUCCCUCUCCCUCCCCAUCUCCCUCUCCCUCUCCCUCCCCAUCUCCCUCCACAUCUCCUUCCCCAUCUCCCUCCACAUCUCCCUCUCCCUCUCCCUCUCCCUCUCCCUCCACAUCUCCUUCCCCCUCUCCCUCCCCAUCUCCCUCCACAUCUCCCUCUCCCUCCCCCUCUCCCUCCACAUCUCUCCCUCCCUCUCCCUCUCCCUCCACAUCUCCAUCCCCCUCUCCCUCUACCUCUCCCUCUCCCACAGAUCCAGAAAUCUGGUACCCCCCUGGUCUUCACCACAAGCGCUCCGGCUCUCGGGCGACAGACCAGCCCGACUUCCUGUUCUGCCUGGGUGGCUUCCUCCUCUACCUGAUCUCCUCGCUCCUCCUCCUGGCCUCCUUCUGUCUCCUGCUCUGGGUCGCCUGCCUCUAUUUCAGGGUCUACCGGUCGCUCACGACUCGACUCAGAAAGCCACCCAACAUCCGCCUGGUUCGGUACAGCCUGCUGGUGAGGGAGGGAGCGCUGGAUCCGGCUUCGGGGUCACCCCUGGAAGAGGGGAAGCUGCAGGGAAUUCCUGCCGUCGUGCCCGUGGCCGAUCCAGAGGGAAACGAGGAAUCUCAUUCGGGAAUAUCCACGCUCGUGGUUCUGAGAAGCCGGUCUUCCCUUAGUUUGGAUACCGACAUGCUGGGGUCUGUUUUGUAAAGUCGUCUGC